CAUCCCUCCAAUUAACCCUUCGCCAUGGCAUCGACCACGAACGUGCCGUUCAUCCCGGACUAUGCAUCCUACAACUGGACGGGCGCCCCCUCGAACUACGAACAGCUCGCAACCAACGAACUGGGUGGCAAUUCCCGUAUGUUGAUUUGCACCCAGGGAGCUUACGUUUGCAAUCCCAUGGAAACUAACUGUGGAUAUCUGUAGGAGAGGAAAACGUAAACAAAUGGUUUCAAUCGGGUGACCAAGCCUACAUUAUCGUGGCUUCCGCCAUGGUCAUGGUCAUGAUUCCCGGUCUCGGCUUCCUGUACUCCGGCCUCGCUCGUCGGAAAUCGGCAUUGAGUAUG